CAGCUGGCAGCGCGGCCCCGCCUACUGGGGCGGGGCCUGCCCGGAGCCAGGAGGGCCCGCACCGGCCUCCGCGUCGCAGCUGCUGCGGAGCCGGCACCAGGCACUUCCAGAGCCAAGAUGGUGACCUGCGGCCUCCUGACAAGUAGCAACAAGCCAGUGCCGCUGCGCCGUGUUGCGGUGGACGUGUGCAUCCAGAGCUUCGUGGCCGACGUGAGCUCCGAGCUGCUGUACAAGAAUGAGGAAUCGGACCCUGUGGAGGCUAUCUUCACCUUCCCCAUGGAUGCCGACUCGGCUGUCUAUGCCUUCCAGGCCCGCAUCCAAGACACCAUCAUCAAGGCCCAGAUCCAAGACAAGAAGGAGGCCCAGGAGACAUACGAGGAUGCGCUGGCCAGUGGCCAGAGCUCAUUCCUGCUGGAGCAGAUGUCUGGGGGGGACGUGUUCAGCUGCUCCCUCGGGAACCUGCCCCCAGGGGAAGAGGCAGUGCUGUCACUGCGUUACGUCCAGGAGCUGCCCCUUGAGGCUGACGGGGCCACGCGCUUUGUCUUGCCAGCUGUGUUGCAUCCCCGCUACGCACCACAGGGAUGGGAAGAGGAGAAUGUCACCGCAGGUGUCUCAUAUGUGGCCAAGGGAGAACUGCCCUAUACCCUGAGCCUGAGCGUCAGCCUGCAGUCACCCCACGGUAUUGCCCGUGUCCACUCCAACUGCAGCCUCACCCCCUUGAACUACACAGCGCAGGACCAGACUGCUGCCCAGGUGUCACUGGCCCAGUCUGCCCCGCACGACCGGGAUGUGGAGCUGCUGGUCUACUAUGCCAGGGCUCACAAGCCCAGUGCCAUGCUGGAGCCCAGGAUGCCUUCUGCACAGGCAGGCACCCUGAUGGGUGACCCCGUUGCAAUGGUGACCUUGCUGCCCAACAUCCCUGAGGCAGCGCUGGGCCAGAGCCAGGCCGGGGAGUUCAUCUUCCUGCUUGAUCGCUCUGGCAGCAUGGGUUGUCCCAUGGAUAGCAGCACCGGCCACCCACUGCGCAUCGACAGUGCCAAGGAUACCCUGGUCCUGCUUUUGAAGAGUUUGCCCUUGGGCUGUUACUUCAACAUCUACAGCUUUGGAUCGAACUUCGAGUCCUUUUACCCACAGAGUGUGGAGUACACCCAGCGCACCAUGGCUGACUCCCUGAAGCGCGUCCAGUCCUUCCAGGCAGAUCUGGGAGGCACUGAGAUCCUGCGGCCACUACAAGCCAUUUAUGGCAGCCCUUGCCGGGAUGGGCACCCUCGCCAGAUCUUUGUUUUCACUGAUGGGGAGGUGGGCAACACACAGAAGGUCAUCGCUGAAGUCCAGCGUCAUCACAGGUCGCACAGGUGCUUUUCGUUUGGCAUUGGACAAGGGGCUUCCACAGCUCUGAUCAAAGGCAUCGCCAAGGCAGGCGGGGGCGUCGCUGAGUUCAUCACUGGCCAGGACCGCAUGGCCGCCAAGGUCCUACGGUCUCUGAAGUGGGCCCUACAGCCAGCAGUUACCGGGAUCUCUCUGAGCUGGGAGCUGCCCCCUGGGAUGGAGGCAGUACCAUUGAGGCCAGACCCAAAGGUGAUCUUCCAGGGACAGCGCCUCCUCGUCUAUUCCCAGCUCCGUGGACAGCCACAGGCCCCAGAGUCCUCUGUGGGAAGUGUCACGCUGCAGUAUACCAUUAAAGAUGAGACCUUCAAGGACACGGUGCAGUUUCCCCUGCAGCCGCAGGAAGGAGACAGGUUGCCCAUUCACCGCCUGGCAGCCAAGGCCCUGCUGCAGGAGCUGGAGCCAGGGCUACCAUCUGGCUCAGAGGAGAGCCGUCACCGGGCACUAGAAGCAAGUUUGAGCUCAGGAGUGGUGUGCUCCCUCACAGCCUACGUUGGGGUUGACACCAGACAGGGGCGGCCGGUACAGGGACCCCUGAGAAGAUGCCCCAUCCCACUGGCAGCUCCAGUCUCCUGCAUGAUGGCACCAGGCUCUCCCUUAAUGCUGCCGUUGUGCGGACGAGCCUCCUUAAUGUCAUUCUCAAAGAGCUUCAGUUUUCAACAGGACAGCACUGAAAUGCUCCAAUCAGAUGCGAACUACUUUCCUGCGCCCAUCCCCCAAGCUAUAGGCUGCCGUAGGAUUCAUAGCGCAAACCAAAGGGCAGUGAACAUGGUCCCUGAGAACCUUUCCCGGAGUCGCCGCAGCUGCGGCACCCCACAAGAGACAAUGAAAAUGGCAAGCUGCAAGAUGCAGACGAUGCCACAGGCAGUGGCACAGGAAGGAGCAUCUCCCCUGAUAAAGCUGGUCUCCCUUCAGAACGCCAAUGGCUCGUGGGGCCUUGACUCUGCCCUGGCUUCUGCGCUUGGAGUGAGUGAAACAGAUGUCAAGGGCAAAAUGCCCAGUGAGGGUGUGGAGCCCGGGGUCUGGGCGACGGUGCUGGCUGUGGUCUGGCUGCAUAGCCGCAGUGCAGCGCAGCGCGAGGAGUGGGAGCUGCUGGAGAUCAAGGCCGUGGGCUGGCUGCGCAGUCGAGCUGGAUCCAUCUCCCAGCUGGACAAGUGCCUGGAGGCAGCCAAUGCCCUGCUGGGCUGCUCCGUGGCUGCCCCUGUCUUUGGGCUCUGAGACUCUGCUUCUCCACCCUGUGCUUCGCCCCCCAGACUCCAAGACCUGCAAGGGAACAGACCUGCACCGCCCCCAGCUACAAUAGCAGACCAAGUCAGAAACAUCUGCUGCCAGCUGCUUGACAGAUCUGGCAGCCAGCUCCGCUCCCAGCCAAACUGCUGCUUAGUAAAUUCUGCCUUGCUUCAA